AUUAAUAUCAAUGUCAAAAUUGUAAAGAUGUACAACUGUAGGAGCUCUUGAAUCUAAAAUGAUUCACUACCCACCAGAUGGAACAGGUAUAUUUAAAGAAUUAAUUUAUAAGGUAGAGAUUCUUAUGUUACUUUAUAAAGUGGAGGAAUUUGGAAAGAAAUUUAAAUUUAAUGUGUUCAUCCUGAAUUAGGAACUUUUAGUAAACAAAAAUAAUGGAGACCUCCUGCUCCUAUGAUGGUCCCUAAAUUUAGACAUUAUCAAAGUGACGGAUCAGGAAGAGAUAAUUAUGUAAUGUAAUUUACAUUUUAUAUCUUCAAGUGCUGAUGAAGGAGGAUUAGCUCCUUCAUCCAAAAAGUUUCAAAGAAAAACUAACUUUUUCACAUCUUUAAGAGAUUAUGAACCUUGUCCACCAAUACCUUAAUAAGAUUGUUUUAGAAUGGCUUAAACACCAAGUGCAUAAUCUUUUAAAUAAUACUUAAAAACUUAAUAAUUAGCUACUUAGUAAGGUGAUUUAAUUCAAAGAUUAAAUGUUCCUAGAAAAUCUGAAGAUCCUUAUAAAAGAAUAAGAAAGCUAUCAGCUCCCUUUUAUAAAAAAUGA